AUGGACUGGCACUGGGCAUCGGAGAGGGCCUCAGGGGUGAGAGCAUACACGCAUACAUACAAAAGGAGGCACACACACCCAUACACACACGCUUAACCCAAAGGUAAUGAUCUGAAAUGUGGUGUGCGUGUUCAACUCAGUUUGAUUCACAGGUUCAACAAAGCUCAGUAGCCAUUGCUUCUACAGUUUCCUCAAACUUUCUCUCUCUCUCUCUCUCUCUCUCUCUCUCUCUCUCUCUCUCUCUCUCUGUCUCUCUCUCUCUCCAUCUCUCUCUCUCUCUCUCUCUCUCUCUCUCUCUCUCUCUCAAAAUGGAGCAUAGCAGUCCAGUAUCAUACACAGACACACAUGAUGAAGAUGAAAGUGUACAUACAGUAUACGCGUUUAUGCGCACAUGCACACUCAAGCACACACACACACACACACACACACACACACACUGAUCCUCUCAUUCAUGCACACCUGCGCUGCUUCAUUGUGCUCCUUAGUGUUCACCUCUCUGAUGGUUGCUAUGCUGCUGGUUCAGCUGGUUGCUAUGCUGCUGGAAGGUGGAGGCAGGCAAAGAUGAUGUAAUCUGGACCAAUACUUUUGUCCCUUUCAGAAUCCAAAUCGAUGAUGUCAUAAUUCGGGGGAGCUUCUAGACUCCUGAUCUGCCCCCCAGUGGAUGGAAUACACCAUGCAUGGUGUGAUGAGAUAUUGGCCUUUUCUCAAUUAGAUUUCAUCGACUCCUUUCCUCCCGCCCUCUCCUCCUUUUGAAAACAUCAGAGGGAAGCGAGGGGAGGAGGCAGGGAGGAGGCGAGGAGAGAACGGCUUUUUAAGUAAUUGAGAAAAGUCCAUUGAGGCAGUUUUGCAUUGUGUUUGUCUGUCUACGUGUUCGAAUUCCAAAUGUGUGUUCAUUCUCUCAGAUUCAUGGUAUGGCGCAAUUUUCAUAGGUCUACAUUGAAAUAUAUUUAUAUUCUACAGUAUGUAAAUGUAUGUACGACUGGUACAUGUGUCUGACUCUCUCUCUCUCUCUCUCUCGCGCGCUCUCUCUCUCUCUGUGUGUGUGUGUGUACAUCUAUCUGACUUUCUGUCUCACUCUGUGUCUCAGCCUGGCCAAGGUACUGUUUGCUACGGUAAAUGUCUCUCUCUCUCUCUCUCUCUCUCUCUCUCUCUCUCUCUCUCUCUCUCUCUCUCUCUCUCUCUCUCUCUCUCUCUCUCUCUCUCUCUCUCUCUCUUCCAGCCGGUCCUAGGUACUGUGUGCUAUGGGUGUAUGUAUGUGUACAUCCCAGCAAACUUGGCCCCAUGUGGGUAUUUUGUGGGCAAGGUGGGCAGGGGCUAGCCCACACAGGAUAGCCCACGCCAGCCCACACCAAGCCCAACUUGGGUUAGCCCACACAAAGCCCAGCACGGGCUAGCCCACACCACGCCCAACACAGGCUAUCCCACAUCAAUCCGUAGCCGAUAUGAGUAAGACCUUUAAACAGGUCAACGUUCACAAGGUCGCAGGGCCAGAUGUAUUACCAGGACGUGUACUCCGAGCAUGCGCUGACCAACUGGCAAGUGUCUUCACUGACAUUUUCAACCAGUCCCUGACUGAGUCUGUAAUACCAACAUGUUUCAAGCAGACCACCAUAGUCCCUGUGCCCAAGAACACCAAUGUAACCUGCCUAAAUGACUAACGACCCGUAGCACCCACGUCUGUAGCCAUGAAGUGCUUUGAAAGGCUGGUCAUGGCUCACAUCAACACCAUUAUCCCAGAAACUCUAGACCCACUCCAAUUUGCAUACCGCCCCAACAGAUCCACAGAUGAUGCAAACUCUAUUGCACUCCACACUGCCCUUUCCCACCUGGACAAAAGGAACACCUACGUGAGAAUGCUAUUUAUUGACUACAGCUCAGCGAUCAACCCCAUAGUGCCCUCAAAGCUCAUCACUAAGCUAAGGACCCUGGGACUAAACACCUCCCUCUGCAACUGGAUCCUGGACUUCCUGACAGGCCACCCCCAGGUGGUAUGGGUAGGUAACAACACAUCUGCCACGCUGAUCCUCAACACGGGGGCCCCUCGGGGGUGCGUGCUCAGUCCCAUCCUGUAUUCCCUGUUCACCCAUGACUGCAUGGCCAGGCACGACUCCAACACCAUCAUUAAGUUUGCCGACGACACAACGAUGAGACAGCCUAUAGGGAGGAGGUCAGAGACCUGGCCGUGUGGUGCCAGGAUAACAACAUCUCCCUCAACGUGAUCAAGAAAAAGGAGAUGAUUAUGGACUACAGGAAAAGGAGGACCGAGCACUCCCCCAUUCUCAUUGACGGGGCUGUAGUGGAGCAGGUUGAGAGCUUCAAGUUCCUUGGUGUCCACAUCACCAACAAACGAUCAUGUCCAAACACACCAAGACAGUCGUGAAGAGGGCACGACAAAGCCUAUUCCCCCUCAAGAGACUGAAAAGAUUUGGCAUGGGUCCUCAGAUCCUCAAAAGGUUAUACAGCUGCAACAUCGAAAGCAUCCUGACUGGUUGCAUCACCACCUGGUAUGGCAACUGCUCGGUCUCCGACCGCAAGGCACUACAGAGGGUAGUGCGUACGGCCCAGUACAUCACUGGGGCCAAGCUUCCUGCCAUCCAGGACCUCUAUAAAUGUACAUAUUACCUAAAUUACCUCGAAUAACCUGUGCCCCCGCACAUUGACUCUGUACCGGUACCCCUGUAUAUAGCCUCACUACUGUUAUUUUAUUGUUGCUCUUUAAUUAUUUGUUUUCUUUUCUAUUUUUUUCUUAUUUUAUUCUUUUUUACUUAUCAAUUUUUUACUUCAGUUUAUUUUAGUAAAUACUUUCUUAACACUUAUUUUUCUUAAAAACUGCGUUGUUGGUUAAGGGCUUGUAAGUAAGCAUUUCACUGUAAGGUCUGCACCUGUUGUAGUCGGCGCAUGUGACAAAUACAAUUUGAUUUGAUUUGAUAAUGUAGAGGCCGGGGCUCAUUAGAAUAUUUGCGGGCGUGGUUUGAAAAUACCCCAAUUCAUGUUGUUAAGUUACUGAGAGUGUCGUUCCAGUUUAAGUGUUCUGUUGUGUGAUGUCAACAAAACAUUUAUAUUGUAUACUGCCAAUGAUGAAGUCUGUAAAAAGACUUAGAUAAGUGCAUUUGAUAUAAGAGAAACGUUUAAGUUUCUCUGGUAAAAAUAUGUAUAUGAUAGUAACAACGUUGUUGUCUUUCUGAUACAAUGUAAUGGGCAGCCGAUCUAAAAUGGAGGGCUUAUUUCAGGCGAAGUGAGGGCUGCCCUUGGGGCCAAUGUGGAGCCGAUGAGCAAAGGCACAUUGGCCCAAUUUGGGCAGCCUAUGUGGGGCCAAUACUUUUGCCGGGAUUGGGCCCACAUCAUGCCAUUGUGGACACGUUUGCAGGGAUGUGUCUGACUCUCUCUCUCUCUCUCUCUCUCUCUCUCUCUCUCUCUCUCUCUCUCUCUCUCUCUCUCAGCCUGGCCGAGGUACCGUGUGCUGCGGGUGAUAGACGUGGGCCAGUAUAGCCUGGAGAUCUCUGCGGCAGAGCUGUCCGAUGACUCCCUGUACGAGUGCCAGGCCACAGAGGCUGCCCUGCGCUCCCGGAGAGCCAAACUCACCGUCCUCAGUGAGUAUCUAUCUGUCUGUCAGGAGUGUGUGUGUCCAGUGCAGAGUGUGUGUGUCCAGAGCAGUGUGUGACUGUGUGUGUGUCCAGUGCAGUGUGUAUACAGCAGAGAUUGUUUGCGGAGCUGGAGCGGAGCGAGGAGCUGAGCGUGCCCAAUUUGACUGGAGCGCGGAGCGAGAUUCCCAAAGGCUGGAGCGUCGGCUUUCUCGCCCGCUCCAAUUUCGCUCCAGUAGCGCUCACUUCACAAGCUCAGGGCAUGCCCGGCCCAGCAUGCAUUUGUAGUCUACUUGCUUUAGCUACUGUCAUGGAGUUUGCUAAAUAUUUUCAUAAAGAAACUGAUAAAACACACAGGUGCAAAAUCAAGGUGACUUACAAAGAUGAGGACCAAGAGCAAGAGAGGGAGUGCGGUGAUGUAAUGUCCACAACUAAAGAAUCAUUGUGGAAUCUGAAAAGACACAUAUCCUGAAAGCAUGAUGGUGUAGCCUACUUACUAUGUGCACAUGCUGAAAGAAAGGAACGAGGUGAGUGGCCAAUUAAGUCUGUCAUUGUAGCAAAGUAUUUAUAAACAAAAAAAUUGAUCUCUUAAAGUGUUCCUUCAUUUUGUUCUAUUAUCUAUACAAUAGGCCAUAGUUGAUUUUGGCCCAAUAGACCUGGCAUCUUCCAACUUUCAACCUUUCCCUUUUGAUUGGGCUAUUUUGCGUAAAAACCUUUAGGCCUACCUAUAGAAAAAAAACUCUGCAUCCCUGCCCAGCCUGGCAAGAGUGGCCAAAAGGGCGUUUAGCAUCCCCAGUGGCUCUGCAAACGUGAAGAGAAUAUUCUCUCCAGGCACCAUCGCAUAAGCCUGAAGCCACAGACUCUGGUCAAACUGGUGUUUCUAAAAAUGAAUUCAAAGGCACUGUAGACUAAGCCUAAUAAAUCAUUUUUUGUUUAAUUUGUAUUUAAUUCUAAGUAAGUCGCAGCCUAUAUGCGCAAUUUAUAGACUUUAAUGAUUUAAUACAACAAAAUGUUGUUUAAAUGCUGAGUGCUUUAUGUUCCUACCAGCCUAUUGUGUUACACUCGCAAAUGCUUCACAAUGUAUUUCUUUGUAGGCUAUAGCCUUGAAAUAAUUGAAAUAAUAUAGCCAAAAUAAUUCAUUUUCGUUCCUCUCUUAGGCUCCAUGUCUGGCUCCUGACAUAUUUAGAGUGUUUAUAUGCUGUUUAAUAUGACAUGUAGCCUAUUUGAAAUUAUGAGCUAUUCUUACAUUGACUUUUUCAUGUUUAUUCAAAUACUUUUCAUUAAAAUCAUAGGGUUUGGUUUCAAUAAUUCAAAACCAAAUGGUAGGUCCAAGAGCAGCAGCUCAACUCCGCUCACAUACUCUGGUAUACAGAGUGUGUGUCCAGUGCAGUGUGUAUAUGAAGAGUGUGUGUCCAGUACACUGCGUGUGUUGUCCUACAGUCCCUCCCGAUGACCCAGUGAUCGAGGGCUUUCCAGAGAUCCUGCUGAGAGCCAAUGUCUCCUAUAACCUGAGCUGUGUGUCCCACGGGGCCAAGCCACUGGCCAUCAUCGAGUGGAAACGGGACGGGGUGGCCCUGGAGGGAGCCUUCAGCACCACC